UAUAUCACAACCAAGUAUAUGCACAGAAUAAACAGCAAAUUAAAAACCAUCAUAUAGAGGUAGCAUAGGCGUUCCAUACUAAUGUUUAUCUAAGCGUAACAAUAUGGAGUGUAGUUAUUUAGUUUACGGGAGAUUACGAUUUUUAUUAUUAUUAAUGGUUCUCAUACCAGAUGUAUCUUCACUCACAAUCAGUGUCUACCAGACUGCUGACAAAGCAGUUUUGGGUGACAACCCGUUUACACUCUCAUGUACGUACACAAUGGGUUCACUGGAUAUGUUGUAUUCUAUUGAGCUGAUGAGGAAGCGGGAGUCAGAUUCAGAUUUCACAACAAUAGUACUUUUCCAGAACACUUCGAGUCCUCUUAAUGUAACUUAUACAGACUCUUCACUGGAAUCGAGGACAGUAGCAACAAAACCAACGGCUGACAGUAGAACAGCAACACUCGUGUUCAACAGAGUAGAGUGUGAUGAUAAAGCAACAUAUAAAUGGAAGGCGUUUUACUCUGAUGGAACAAACAAGAAUGUCGAGAAAACUUCUACUUUUACUGUGAAAGCAAAAACAUUGUUUGGGCAACAGGAGCAUCGUUCUCUUUCUUACGUUACUAACCUAGAGGAGGGUGAUAAUGUUGUAUUCACCUGCUCUGGGGAUGUUGGUAACGAGCCAGUUGGCCACCUAGUCUGGUUCUACUAUCUGUACAAUGAUACAUCAAAUGCUAUUAACGCAUCAUGUAACGCUACGUCAACAGCUCCAGUAUACCAGUCAAGCACCUGUAGUUAUACCCGCACAUCUAAUCUACAACUAAAAAUGACAAGGGACUUCAACAAUCUUAUAGUGAGAUGUACAGUUCAACAAGAUAAGUACGAUCAGUUUGGCGAUGGUAACGUACAAACAGAAAAUAUUCCAGUCUAUUAUGCUCCAAGAAUUUCUACCAUACCUAAUACUACAAUCAAUGAAGGUCAGGAUAUUUAUGCUAUAUGUGAUGCAGACUCGUAUCCAGCACCUGUGUAUAGAUGGCUCCUAGCCGACGGUUCCGUGAUUCGUGGACCGUAUCUAGUACUUGCAAGCCCUACAGUUGAAGAUACUGGAUUGUACACAUGCAUUGUUUACAAUACAUACAAGAGUGAAAACCAUACCGUAAAAAGGAUUACCUUUAUUCAGAUUUUGAAGACACCUGCAACAAUGACAUCGACAAUGAUAUCGACACAUGUUCAGAAAUCGUCUUCAGACGAUGCUGAAAAGUCAACAGACACCGCGGCAUUUAUUGGUGUAGGGGUUGGAACAUGUGUGUUUACCCUCAUUGUCGUUGGAAGUGUACUUGUUGUGACCAGGUACAUUCGAGGAAGACAAAAACAUAUUCAAAACGACGGAAAUGGUCUUAAGAAGCAUAUUGGAAGAGAAACAUCCAAUGUUUCUUGCGAAGUGGGCGUGCAAACGGGUUACCACAUUUACUAUAACGACCAUCGUAUACAAGGAUCAGUUAGAGACUAUGAAAACCCCGUACAAUAUGACAAAUUGGACGAUUGUAAAAGGGAAGAUUACCAAUACACUGGACUUCAAUCUAACUAUGAAGAAUUAAACGAUGCUAAAAGAGAAGCAAAUGCAUAUACCAUCAUUAUGGAAAGUACCUCAAGAAAUUAGACAGAAACAAAAUCUUUUUAUUUACCAACCACAGAAAACGCUUUCUUGUGAUAUUGCUGAUGAUUCAACUUUAUAGUAUACACUUAUUGAAUGACUAGCCUGUCAACAGCCAAAUGCAAUGACCGAGAGCUUUUAGUUUUGACUAUUGGCCGACAACCCAUUCAGUGUCUUAUUACAUGACACCAAAAAUAAAAUUUCUUAUUUGUUCAGUGUUGACUUUAUCCAAGCAAAAUUUAGUGUUGAAUUACAGUCCGGUUAAUAGGACAAACUACGAACCUGGGAUUUAUAUGAAUCAUGUAAUAAUAGAUGAUGUUUUACAGUAUGCGAAAUUAUUCACAUGUAGUGUGACAACAUUCCUUUGUUUGUUUGUUUGUUUUGGGUUUAACGCCGUUUUUAAUAGUAUUUCUAAUAUGACUAUUAAUGCUUUAAUCAUCACAACGAUGUUAUGUUGACGUCACGUCAACGUGAUAUUUAGCGCCAUGUACACUUCAAGAAAUAGCGCUUUCAAAUUUCAUGAAAUAUUUAAACGAAAUGUCCAUUGCACAAAUGUGUUGAUUAAUUUACACGUAUACUGAGUUAGUCAUUCUUGCAUAAAAACUACUUUUUUCACUGGAUCCGCCCAUGUAUUAACGGGAGAAAAAACGUGUGCAAACAAGGCAAUUCACGUGCUGUUAAUACCCGAUUUUUAUUUUUGAAAUGCUUUGCCAGGGAUAUAUGUAUGUAUUUUUACGCACACUGAUAUUUGGCAUCUGCGUCUUGUUUCUUCCUUAACAACCUCAUCUUGUAGCAUUAUAAAUACAAUGUAAUCCAUAGUA